UCCUAUCUCACCUUCACUCCUUAGCAGGGUAUGUGGUGUGCAGUUUCACGUAUGGAAUCACACCGAUGAUCGAUUUGGUCAUUUUCUUUUUGUUUCUGCUAUUCAGUUCAUAAUUUCUUUUCUCGCCUUUCAAUGUUACUGCAGGCCUACUGUCACUCUACUUUAUCCCUUAUACGCGUCAGUGCAGGCGAUGGAGAGCUCGUCGAAGCUCGACGACGAGCAGUGGCUGGCCUACUGGAUCCUUUACUCAUUCAUCACGCUCAUGGAGAUGGUCUUGCAGUCCCUAAUCUACUGGAUUCCUAUCUUGUAUGAGCUGAAGCUGCUGUUCAUGGCCUGGUUGGUGCUCCCAAACUUCAGGGGAGCUGCAUUUAUCUAUAACAUGUUUGUGAGAGAGCAAGUGAAGAAGCAUAAUGGCAUACUGGCUGCAACUGAUGCUGAUGGCGUUAGCAACAACGUCAGUGCUGACAAGGACAAGAUCACUUUGAUUUCUCCGAAAGAGAAAAAAGCCAAGAGGAGGCUACUUUCCAUGGUCAUUCCCAAGAAGCUCAGGUUUUGAUCAAUCUGCAGUUGCUAAAGAAAAUUUUGGUCCAUUUAUGUUUCAUACUAUUUUUGAGAAAUUAUGGUGAUUGAGUUAUUUAAUACUUAUAGUAGUACUGUUUUUACUGUUUAGUUUUAAAGUUUCUUUGUA